GAGUUUGGGAAUUGACUUGAUCAGGAGGUGCAGGAAGAGAAGGAGGUUGUGGGAGACCCUUCAUUUGGAAGGGGAGCUUAUCAACAUAACCCUCUGGUUAUGACUGGGUGAAGAGUAAUGGCUUUCGUGCAAUUUGGUACAGAAAAUUGCUGGCCUUUUGGGUCUCUUGGAAUUAGAAACAACCUUACUACUUUGGAGUAGGUGCAAGGUCUGCCUACACACUCUGUCGAGACCCGACACUUGUGAGAUUCAACAGGGCUGUGGUUGUACUCAAUCGUUUUGUGUAGAACUUGGUUAUACUUGUAAGCAGCAGUCUUCCCUUCAAUGUCAGUAUACGAGACGCGAUUCAACAACGCCUCAGCGUUCGACCUCGUCCCUCCCCUCAUCAUGCCUUGUUGUUCUCUCCGUUAUUACCAGUGAAUCUAAAAUUAUGGAUGAUUCCGGAAAUCUUCUGAAACAGUACCCCUACGUUACAUCCCAAGAUGUGGACUAUCUUCGAGAGGGUUAUGGUGCUCUCGAAGAUAUUAGUCAACUUGUUCGACGUAUAAACACAGCACGAGAAACUGAACAAGCCAAUGGUCGUGAACAUGUCUUAGCUGGACCAUUGCUUGAUGUGCAAUCUGUCCAUGUACUACCAAAAGCAGCACACAAAGGCAGACCAGUUUUUGUGUAUGGUAGGAUUCAUGUUAGUUAUCUACACAUCAGUGAUGGUAGACAAAUGCAUCUUGACAUUUAUAACCGAAGUGCCGAUGAUGCUGAAUACAUUAGCCCAACUGGUGGUUAUUUGACACUCACUUGGCCUGAUGAUAAUCAUUGGAAGGUCUACGACUUGUGGAUGAAAUUGGACAAAACAACAAUAGCUGUGGAUCUCUAUCUCAAAAUUGGAGAUCGAACGGCUCCGCUUGCCGUAGAUGACAUUUUAGUGGGGGAUACAACCAAAGGGUUUAGGAUAGGCUUGGACGCGGAACUGUUACCGGAAUCAGAACUGGUGGUUCUAGAAUGGAGUCCUCUUGGAAGGAUUCUGGUUUUGGUUCUCACUUUUGGGUACGGGGAUCGGAACCGGAACUGCCUGGAAUAGUGAUUUACUUCCCGCUUUGACUGUAACGACCCGGAGGGAGGGUUUCGAUUCCGGUCUUGCCCAUUCGGAUAACCAGAUUUGGACCAAGAUUGGGCCGUGUCCGUCCCUAGUUUAGGGUAUCUGUAGUAUGUAACCAAACGAUUGGUAAAUUGUUCAAUAACUUCUGUUAUGUCAU